AUGAAGCGUGGAGGAAAGAGAAAACUCUCCACUGUAAGCGCUGCUUCUGAGAUACAGCCGCCAUCUUACGAGCAUGCAACAGGCACUGAGAAUGAAAAAACACCCUUGAUAGGUACCAAUGAGAAGCACACUGGGGACGAUAAAGACCUCGUCUCUGCAGCGGAAGCAUUAACGCAACUAACUCAGCUAAACUCCAAUGUCAAUAGCUCAUCUACCUCAUUAAACAGUAGACUAUCAACUCCUCCAAUCAUCUCGAUAGGAAAUGGGGUACACAAUGGAGGCUCUAGUGUAUCUUCUCCGGUAGUAUCAAACUUUCUGAUAGAGAAGCAAAAUGUUCUUCCACCUAUUCAACAACAGCACCCAUUGGUGGAAAGAGUGAAUAAGGUGUCCAGGCAUCCUCUUGUUACUAAUGCAGUUAAGUAUUAUGACUACUCCAAGCGAAAUUACGCUUCAUUCAACUAUGCAGCAGAGUUUGUUGAAAAAGCAGCAUUACCAGUUGUGAAUAAAAUCGAAGUGAACUUAAACAACCGAUAUCAGGCAAAAAAAGCUAAGCAAGAAGCUAGAAAAGGUACAUCGAAAAAGAGAAGAAAAGUGAAUCAACAUUAUGCCACUUCUGCCACCUCUUCCCCUUCACUUUCACCUUCUCUUCCCCCAGCUCCCGCACCAUCAUUUGCAUCCAGUGCACCAUUUAGUUCAAGCGGAAGAAAUAGUUUAACUUAUAGUGAUACUAACGUAUCUAUUGAAACAAAGAAAAGGUUACAGUUUUGCUUACAUAUAUUGAAGCUUGCUAACGAAAAGAUUAAUAACCUGGUGCUGGUACUACAACAGAGAGUCGUUACCAAAGAAAUCGAGGCAAAGGAAAAAAGAGAGGCUGCCUCUGCUGCUGACGUCAAGCAAGAUGAAGCUCAAAGAACCAAUACUGAAAUAGUUACUACCGUUAAGAAUAUUAUACGAUUGAUUUCGAACUUCAAACCUUCGUCAUUGGCUACGAAGGACGAACAGAAUGAAUCAGCGAUUGACGAGAAAAACGGACUUACGCCUGUUAAUAGCCACGCUAAUUCAGUUAGUUCCAGAAAAAAUUCCACAGAUGACGAUCAACUAAAGGGAACUAUCAGAGAUAUAAUAUUGGCGCUUCCUGCUACUAUUCAGCAAUCAUCAAGCGGGAACACCCAAACAAACGAUAGGGUAUUAGUCUUUGCAAAGGAGUCUUUAGAUAUGAUCUCCAGGUUGACGGUGGUGUUUAAUAAUCAACUUGAAAAGGCAGAGGCAUGGGUUGCAGGAGAACAACAGGAACAAGAGAAUCAACAAAUUGAGAAAAGAUCGAUUCUUACUGAAAAAGUGUUAGGAGAGGAGCUUGAUAGUGGAAGUACGUCAGAGUCUACGACAGAUGGUGAGAACACAUUAUCUGGAUUUGGAUGUAGAUAG